AGAAAAAGUCCGACGCGUAUAUUUAAAAUGGCCAAGCACUUGGCCGAUUUCCAGAGCAGCAAGCUUCUAUUUUACCAGAAGCUAGCACUAGGCGUUAUACUCAGUGGCAUUCUACUUUCCCUACCGUCAUUAUGCGGGGGCCAGGGAAACCCCAGUUUUAAAUACUCGCGCGAAGCGAAUGAAAAUUUCGAUGCGAAGAAGGCUCCGCCGGCAGUUCACCAUCACGAUCAUGAUGAUGAUGAUCAUCACCAUCAUCAUCAUCAUCAUCAUGACGAUCACCACGCUCAUGAUCAUCACGAUGAGCACCACGAGCAUGGGCAUCAUCACCACGGGCAUGAAGACGUCGACAUCCACAGCAAAACGAAGCCGGCACUUGAUAUGAGCACCAUAUGGUUGCAUUCAAUUGGGUCCACGUUGCUUAUCAGUGCCGCGCCUUUUGUAUUGCUCUACAUCAUACCGCUUGAUAACAGCGAUGCCAUGAAACCCCGUUUGAAAGUUCUACUGGCAUUUGCAUCCGGCGGCCUAUUAGGCGAUGCAUUUCUGCACUUGAUACCGCAUGCAACGCAUCCGCAUAGUCACGGAGAGCACGACCACGGGCAUGGUCACAGCCACGGCCACGGACACGACCAUCAUCAUCUUGAAGGCGAGGCCCAUGGACACAGUCACGACAUGAGCGUUGGUCUGUGGGUUCUGGGCGGAAUUAUCGCCUUCCUUUCAGUGGAGAAACUUGUGCGCAUACUGAAAGGUGGCGGCGGCGGCGGUGGACACGGGCACAGCCACGGUGCACCAAAGCCCAAACCCAAACCUGUUGCCGAGAAGAAAGCACCGAUAAGAGAAGGCAGCGGAGAUGGCGAUAAACAAGGUAAAUCAUCGAAAGCCAAGGCAAAGAAACCAGAGCCCGAGCCAGAGCCGGAGGGCGAGGUGGAGAUCUCAGGUUACUUGAAUUUGGCGGCAGAUUUUGCCCACAACUUCACCGAUGGACUGGCAAUUGGUGCUUCCUAUUUGGCUGGCAACAGCAUCGGCAUAAUCACAACCAUCACCAUUCUGCUGCACGAGGUGCCGCAUGAGAUUGGUGAUUUUGCCAUACUUAUCAAGUCGGGAUGCUCCCGCAGAAAGGCGAUGAUGCUGCAGCUCGUGACGGCGCUGGGAGCCGUGGCAGGCACAGCGUUGGCCCUGAUUGGUGCCGGCAGCGGUGAGGAUAACUCUGCUCCCUGGGUUUUACCCUUCACAGCCGGCGGAUUCAUUUACAUCGCCACAGUAAGCGUGCUUCCAGAGCUGCUAGAGGAGUCGACCAAACUGAAGCAAUCCUUGAAGGAGAUCCUAGCCCUACUCACCGGCGUGGCGCUGAUGAUUGUUAUAGCCAAGUUGGAAUAGUUUCUUGGAACGUUACUUAAACAUCCACAUAAUUUCAGAGAUAGAGUUUUUUAUUUGCAUUCAAAAAUUAUGCUUUUCUACACGAACGGUUUAAAUUAGUCAAAAAAUACACUUUUACAGGAAAAAAUCAA